GUUUGUUCCGUAGCCAGGCAGACACUUCCUUAGCUAUCCAAUCAUAAAAAAAGCGAAAGGGGAUUUUUGCGGUAGUCACUAGAGUGAGUAAGAAUCUCUGGAAGCCCCUCCCUGCGAAGACUAGUUUCCGUAGUGACCAGCUGAUGUCAUGGCGGAGGAUGGCCCCCGGUUGGUGACCUCGAAAAGGGUUGUGCUUACGUCAGAAGAGGAGGAGGAGACAGAACCCAACACACUGCUGCAAAAACUGAAGAGCAAUAUCUCGAAGAAUAUACAGACUAAAGUGGAUUCGAUUCUGCAAGACGUGCAGCGCUUCUCUGAUAAUGACAAGCUGUUCCUGUACCUGCAACUGCCAUCUGGUCCCAGCGCAGGAGAUAAGAGCAGUGAUCUGAGCGCCUUCAACAAUGCAGACCAGCUCCACGCUUGCAGCUGGAUCCGGAGCCACUUGGAGGAGCACACAGACACCUGCCUGCCCAAACAGGACGUGUACGAGUCCUACAAGAGAUACUGUGAUAACCUGCAGUACCGGGCUCUCAGUGCUGCUAACUUCGGGAAGAUCAUCCGGGACGUGUUCCCCAAUAUCAAAGCCAGGAGGCUGGGAGGAAGAGGACAGUCCAAGUAUUGCUACAGCGGGAUCCGGAGGAAGACAGUGCUGAACAUGCCUCUGCUUCCCAGUCUGGACCUCAAGAACGACCCAUCGGAGCUGACGGAGCUGGUGCAGACCUACAACAGCGAGGUGACGGAGGCGGCCUGCUCUCUGAUCUGCGACUGGGCUGAGCGCAUCCUGAAGCGCUCCUUCGACACGGUGGUGGAGAUCGCUCGCUUCCUGAUCCAGGAGCACAUUGUCAACCCUCGCUCCAGCACCGCACACAUCAUCAUGUCUGCCUCUCUCGCUGGAGGUCCCGCCAAACCCCACAAGAUCAUGAAGAAGACCCUGCAGCCCCCCCCAGGCUCUGGAGCCAAAGGAGAGGAGAGCAGCCCUGCAGCACAGAGAGAGAAGGAGAGUGGGGAGAGGUCCACAGCAGGCAAGCAGCUGCCCUCCGAGAAGGGCCCAAAGUCCUCGGACAGCCCCAGGGCUGGGGGCCGCGACUCGCAGGUGGAGGCUGUGAUGAAGCGCUACCCCCAGCUCCUCCCACGCGGACCGGUCCUUCAGGAGACAUGCUGCCUCCGCACCUCCCCUCCGAACAUCACCAUGGCCGCCGCCCCACUCACCCAACAGCAGGGGGCUCUGCCCGUCUUCAACAUGAUCCUGCCCCCCCUCAGCUACCCUGCCCCCGCUGCCCCGAGCAAGGAGAGAGCCAGCAUCUUCAGAAGUCGGGGGGCUCCCAAACGGCCCGCUGAGCCCCCCAGUGGGGACACCCCUAAGAGGAAGAGGGGCCGUCCCCGGAAAGCCAGACCGGAAGACGUGGAGCCGCCCCCUAGAGGAGUCAUCCAAAGAGCCGCGCCGGGGGGGCAGGCGAGUGAGGCCAUUGAGGCUGUGAUCAAGCACGAACCCUCUGCGGAUCUCGCCUCCCUCAAAAGCCAGCCUCCCCCGAGCCUUGCCUCCCCUGAAACCCAGCCUCCCCCGAGCCGAGCCUCCCCCAAAACCCAGCCUCCCCCGAGCCGACCCUCUGCGGAUCUCGCCUCCCUCAAAAGCCAGCCUCCCCCGAGCCUUGCCUCCCCUGAAACCCAGCCUCCCCCGAGCCGAGCCUCCCCCGAAACCCAGCCUCCCCCGAGCCGAGCCUCCCCCGAAACCCCGCCUUUCCCUAGCCGAGCCUCCCCUGAAACCCAGCCUCUCCCGAGCCGAGCCUCCCCCGAAACCCAGCCUCUCCCUAGCCUUGCCUCCCCUGAAACCCAGCCUCUCCCGAGCCGAGCCUCCCCCGAAACCCAGCCUCUCCCGAGCCGAGCGUCUCCCGAAACCCAGCCUCUCCCGAGCCGAGCCUCCCUCGAAAUCCUGCCUUCCACGAGCCUCACCGCCCAGGGGAUGCCCAGAGAGGCGCCACGCGGGAAUCCUGCUGACCAGGCCUGCCAGAGCUGGGAGGAGGGCCGGGGGCUGGUGGAGGUGAUCCGGAGGGCCCCUGCUUAUGCCCCGCAAGUCGCAGGCCCCGGGCCGGAGGUGGGAGAGGCUGUGAAAUCCACAGAGAAGCCAGCCGACAUAUCUCCAUCCUCCAGCAGAGCGGAGUCCCAGCCAGCCAGCCAGAGCCCCAGGCAGAGCGGGACUGGAGAGCGGGGUUCAGAACCCCAGAGCCCUGCCUCGCACCCUGACCCACCCCCAUCCUCCCAGACCCCCAAUCAGGGCUGAGCUGAGCAGCCAGUGCCCAGGGGAGGGGCCGCACUGGACCCCCACUGCUUAACCCUCAAACCAGCUUUAGAAACUAACGCUAGUCCUGCACUCAGUCAUGGCUUUCAGAACUACCCCCGGUUAAGCACACCAGGAAUGGAAAUGACUCCUAUUGUCACCCAUUCCAGGUUUUACUCCCAGCUUGAUAACCCACAGUGUGUCUAGGUGGGUAAUUACAUUAGCAGUCAAACCAGGAAUAGGUGAAACUGCUAUGCAAUGGGAGUCCAUCCCUGUAUACUACUGAAGUGAUGAGUCAGGAAUUGGCUGAUGUUAAACAGUUAUUUUUCCAUCCCUACAGCUGCAUGAACAGCCUCUGAUAGUAACCCAGCAGACUCGCAUGCAUUGUAUUCAUUCUGUGAGGAGAAGUGUGACCAGGUCAUCCAGAGCCGAUUGACCAGAGGCCUGAUUGUUCAGACUCCUGGCACCUGGUCAUGUCAGUAUUGUACCUAAUCAAGGGGAGUUCUGAACCCCAGGACUGGGUGCAGGGCUGGUGUGUUUUUAACCCUGCUCAAACCAUCUGUUCAGGAGUCUACAGAUGCUGGAGUGACAGAGCCACUCACAAUGAUUGCAAACAGCAUUGUAAAGGAAAAGUGACAAAUUGAAAUGCCAUUUGAAAGUAGUUACUCUUCAAUGCAAAUGUCACAGUCUGUGUGCUGUCAGGGUGUAUGGUGAUCAGAUCAGCACCAGAGUCUUAGGGUUAGGGUUAGGGUCAGUCUCUUUUGUACAAAUACUGGAUCCUCUAAAGGUUUGGAGGGAACGCAAUCAAUCAAAAUAAAAUGUUACAUUUGACUUGUGUGUUUGAGACAUGUUUUACUGAAUGCGGCUUCAUGAACUUCAGACCCCUGGACUGCUUUCCUUGCUGCAGCUACACAAACACAGUUUCAUGUUUUUAAUGUUUUGCUUCUUUCAGUGUAAGCUGAGUGCUAUAGCGGUGCACACUUUGUAAUACUCAAAAGACAAGAAAAAUAGACAGUGCUAUUUAUCUACAAAUACUAAAAGGAACUUUCAGUGAACUUUCGACUGGAAGUCUUUCUCAGUGAGAUUAGAUUCGCAGCUCUGCAAGGUUAGGGUACCGUGUGAGGUAAUCAGGGCACACCCACUCCUCUUAAUGGGACCAUUAAGAGACUGUGAUCACAUGGCAGGGGAGUGGUACCAGCAUGGGAUUCGAAACCCACCCCAGCAUUCAACAGACGUCGUGUCAUUGAGCUUACUGGCUUUCUUUUGGCAUUUUUAAAUGUCGUUCAAUUGAGAGUUUAAUAGUUAUGGAUGACAUUAUCUGUUUUUAACAAUCAUGUCAAAUUUGAUCAAGAUGUUUUUAUUCUGGUCGACAGAGGGAGUUGUUUCCCCACAAUGACAACAAAUCUAACCAAAAAGUACCAAUAAUAGCAUUAAUAUUGUUUUUACCAGGAGUAGUGAAAUAGGUAAGUGCAUCGUCGUACCUGCACUUGGGGAUUGCUGAGUGGACACUGGUGUAAGGCCAAACUACAGCUCUGGCCAAAAGCUUAGCAUCAUCUUGAACUGUAGGAUUGAGCAUAUAUGAACUAUAUGAACCUAAUGUGGAUCUUUUAUUUAACAUCAUGUAAUCAAAGAAACUACAAAAUGAUAUUGCAAAAGUCUAGCAGAAGCCAUAAUAGUAGUACAGUAUUUCAUGUUAGAUUUUGAAAAUAUCACAUUUUCUAUUUUAUUUUUUCAGUUUUUUGUUAAGUAUAUGGAAAAGCACAAAGCGGUAUGUAAUUCGUAACAUUGGUCAGCAGGGUUCAUUCCACUUUUUAUAAAGCAUAAUGAGUUGAUUCUGUUGGGCGAGGCCAGAGGUGUACUGCUAAUAGAGUUACCUGCUGGAUUCCACACUGUGAAUGCAGCAUGGGAGGUGCCAUACUAAUGAAUCACUACAUUUGGUUUGCCAUGGCUGUGACCAGGAGGAUUAGUGGCACAGCGAUGGCACAGCAUACCAGGAGUAAUGUAUGUAAGACGCUUGCAUGAUCGUAACUGUAGUACAGGAGAUAGCAUUCUUUUUCUUAAACGUGUUGAGGUCUGCGCAUUGAGCUCAGGAGCUGCUCCUCAGUUCUACUCUGGCGCAUUGAGCUCAGGAGCUGCUCUUCAGUUCUAGCCUGGCACAUUGAGCUCAGGAGCUGCUCCUCAGUUCUAGCCUGGCACAUUGAGCUCAGGAGCUGCUCCUCAGUUCUAGUCUGGCACAUUGAGCUCAGGAGCUGCUCUUCAGUUCUAGCCUGGCACAUUGAGCUCAGAAGCUGCUCUUCAGUUCUAGCCUGGCACAUUGAGCUCAGGAGCUGCUCUUCAGUUCUAGCCUGGCACAUUGAGCUCAGGAGCUGCUCUUCAGUUCUAGCCUGGCACAUUGAGCUCAGGAGCUGCUCCUCAGUUCUAGCCUGGCACAUUAGCUCAGGAGCUGCUCUUCAGUUCUAGCCUGGCGCAUUGCGCUCAGGAGCUGCUCUUCAGUUCUAGCCUGGCACAUUGAGCUCAGGAGCUGCUCUUCAGUUCUAACCUGGCACAUUGAGCUCAGGAGCUGCUCUUCAGUUCUAACCUGGCACAUUGAGCUCAGGAGCUGCUCUUCAGUUCUAGCCUGGCACAUUGAGCUCAGGAGCUGCUCUUCAGUUCUAGCCUGGCACAUUGAGCUCAGGAGCUGCUCUUCAGUUCUAGCCUGGCACAUUGAGCUCAGGAGCUGCUCUUCAGUUCUAGCCUGGCACAUUGAGCUCAGGAGCUGCUCUUCAGUUCUAGCCUGGCACAUUGAGCUCAGGAGCUGCUCCUCAGUUCUAGCCUGGCACAUUGAGCUCAGGAGCUGCUCCUCAGUUCUAGCCUGGCACAUUGAGCUCAGGAGCUGCUCCUCAGUUCUAGCCUGGCACAUUGAGCUCAGGAGCUGCUCCUCAGUUCUAGUCUGGCACAUUGAGCUCAGGAGCUGCUCUUCAGUUCUAGCCUGGCACAUUGAGCUCAGAAGCUGCUCUUCAGUUCUAGCCUGGCACAUUGAGCUCAGGAGCUGCUCUUCAGUUCUAGCCUGGCACAUUGAGCUCAGGAGCUGCUCUUCAGUUCUAGCCUGGCACAUUGAGCUCAGGAGCUGCUCCUCAGUUCUAGCCUGGCACAUUAGCUCAGGAGCUGCUCUUCAGUUCUAGCCUGGCGCAUUGCGCUCAGGAGCUGCUCUUCAGUUCUAGCCUGGCACAUUGAGCUCAGGAGCUGCUCUUCAGUUCUAACCUGGCACAUUGAGCUCAGGAGCUGCUCUUCAGUUCUAGUCUGGCACAUUGAGCUCAGGAGCUGCUCCUCAGUUCUAGCCUGGCACAUUGAGCUCAGGAGCUGCUCCUCAGUUCUAGCCUGGCACAGACACAGACAGUGUCUUUAUAUUAGUAAGCGCCAUCUAGUGCACAGCUCGCGUAUUGCCAGCCAUACACAAAAGGAUCACUAGGUGGCGCUGGCUCAUCAGUAAAGACACUUUGAUCUAGCCUGUGUUGCAUGUCUAUGUCAGGGCCGCUCCUGAGCUCAGGGGAACACACUGUUUAACAGAGUCCCCGAAACACAUCAUCUGAGUAACUGUAAGUAUAAGAACCACUCUGAACGACUGCAACCAGCAUGAAAAACAGAAGAGUAAAAAACAAUGCAAUGUGAAUCGACUUAAAAGUAAUCGCUACAGAUUUAUAAUGAAUUUAAAUAAAAUAUAAAAAAAAAAAGAAAAAAAAAAGAUUCCACUGGCAUGUCUAUAAAUCUUCUGUUGCCAUAAUGUGAAUGCAGUACCAAACGGUGCUUUGUAUUUCAAAAAUAUAUAUGAAACAUUAAAUUAUUAUACAAUUAUUAUUAUUAUUAUUAUUAUUAUUAUUAUUAUUAUUAUUUGAUCAUUCUUUUUGAGAAGAAGAAUAAAACUUACUGUGAUAAUCCCACUCUUCUGGGUUAUGGUUCUUUUGUAAUGGAACCUGUUCUACCUGAACGGACUGGAAUAUGAUCUGUCCUUGUGGGUGAACUAUUCUGAGCUGACUAGCAGAAUACAGGGCUGGAGCCAUGUAGCCGGCCUGUGAAACCAGUACAGAACACAAAGGACUCACACUCGCACUGAGGGGUUGCUUCCAUCACCCUGAACUCAGAAGCAACGCCUCGGACUUUCAGUGCGUUUUUUUCCAUCAAACCACCGCUCGCUAAUAAUAAGUGUUUGGUGAAAUUCAGGGGGGCUCUCAGCAGUGCUGUAAAAUGCUCUAAAAAUCCAGCUGUGGCUGAUCAGGGUGUAGACUGAUCAAAUCAACCCCCUGUGCUCCAACAGCCUCGGGAAAGCAUGGCUAAAUUCAUCAAGUUUGCACAGUGAAUGUACUGCCUCAUGUACUGGUAAUCCUGUCGUGUGUUACUCGAAACGGAAACAGUGGCAUAUGUAGCAAUACUGCAAUACAGGUAUAUUACCAUUCUGUGAUAAGCGAGUAGAAGUCUAAUAUACCUUAAGCUGACCCAGCCCUGGAUUAAAUCAAAAUCAUGGCAGUGCCUUAACCAUGGCUAUAGCGCCGCCAUAACCACUGAUUUAAUACACUCCUCGGAAACUAAAACAAGACAAAGAGCUUUCUCCUGGUUUAAAAAAAACACAAAAACAUGACUGACUCGUUUUCUGAAUUGCAUUGUCUUUUGAUUUAGGUUUUUGUUGGAAGUAAAGUGUCUUGCACCUUUUGCUAACAGUUUUUUUUUUAAUGCUUGUAAAGAAAUCUGAUGUACUACCUUCUGCACUAGUAUUUGUGUGAUGUACUAACCUAUGUACUAAUAGUCAUGUGAUCUACUAAGUUAAAUGUGUUUGUUUUUUUUACGUUGCAUUGCUACCAAAACAUAUUUUUUUCAAAUAAAGGAUUGUGACUGUUUUCAU